CAUCAGAAAGCGAAAGUGAAAAUAGUCUUCUGUAGUUUCCUUCUAAAGUGUUGUAACUUUAAAAGAGGAGAGAACAUUCAAACAAAGGUAGCCUACACCUCCCGAGCUAGAAUAUCAACCUUGUGACCUAGAAUGGCAUCUGGUCCGGAAUCUGGGUCUUCUUCUGGCCAACCCUUCACCAUCUCAGCCAAUAAUGGGUCCAGUGUCAACGCUCCCAUAAUCACUGGUAACACCAUUGGAGCAAUCCAUUAUAAUACAGUCCCUUCGUCUGCAGCACCCCAGCACACCAGCCCCCGGAUGUCAUCACUUCAUGAUUUCCUAAAAACACACAAGAUGGAUCUGGAGACCAGGAUGGGCAAUCUUCGUCCCAUCCUCAGCGAUCUCAGGCACCUUGGGGUUCUGAGUGAGGAGGAUAGAGAGGAGAUAGACAUCAAAACCACACCGACCAAGAGAAAUGAAGCUCUGCUGACCAUGGUUAUUAAGAAGGGGAAAACUGCACAGGAACAGUUUUACCAGGCCCUGAAAAAAGCAGACCCUUACUUGGUGAAAGACCUAGAGGGAUAAAUUACCUCCUUAUACACUGCCAUAUCCAUAAUUGCCUAUUCCAUUCCGUUAUGAAAUAAGACCAAAUGUUUACGAAUAUUUAUCCAAAUUAGGAUAGUUUAUUUAAAUUCCAAUAUAACAUGAAUUAGAAAGGUAAUUCCAAUGACAUUAUCUUAUCUGUCAUACCAUAAAUCAAUAAACAAGUUUGUUUUUUA